AAUUUAAUUGCAUUCGUACCCACCCACUACCCAUUCUGACACAGAUUCACUCUCCUUUACACUUUUACUUCUUUUCAACCACACGAGCAGACCAGACCAAACCAAAUCAAACGGACAUCUAUCUUCUACAUUUUCUUUUUCUCUUUUAUUUUUACUAUUAUUAUUAUUAUAAACCAAACUCACUUACACAACAAAAAAUGAAAGUGUGGUUAAAUUAGUUGUGGAUUAUAUAUGACAAUGGUGGGUGGAACAUCAAAUGAUUCAUCUUCAUCUUCAAAUAUGUCACCUGUUUCAUCUCCUUCUUCUUCCAUUGUUAUUGUCGAUUUGUAUGGAAAACGUCGCCAGUUUGCAAAGGUUCAAGUCCUUGAGCGAGAGAUUAGCUUGCUUCAGGAUGAGAUUAAAUCACUUGCAGAGCUUGAACUUGCAUCAAGAUGUUGCAAAGAGCUUAAUGACUAUGUAGAAGCUACGCCAGAUCCGCUCAUAGCAUUAAAUAAGACUCAUGGUAGAUCCAGAAACUUCUGGAAGAACGUUCGGAGAAAGACUGGGUCGAUCAUGUGGUGGUGUUGCUGUUGUGGUUGUUGCAAGAAAACAGUGUGUUGCUCAUGCUGUCCUCGGGUGAAUGACUGUUGGUCGUGUGGCCAACUCAAACCCUGUACCACGGAUUGUUGCAAGUGUCCUGAGAUUUCAUGCCACUGCAACUGCAGCUGUAAUCCAUCGUGUCCUAAAUGCUCAGUGUGUUGCUGUUGUAAACCAUGCUUGUGCCUAUAAAUGUAUGAUAUAAACAUUCUCAUUGGCAAUAAGAUAUUUAAGAUUGUUAUUAGCA